ACACCUGUUUACAUUGAUCGUACUACUGCCGACAAAUAUAUUGAUAUUUGUAUCGAUAGCAUCAACUACUUGCUGUUGGAAGGCCAACAAAUUGCUUUAAUCGAUGAUCCGAUGAGAUCUUUUAAG